AUGAAUGAUAUAUUAGUUCAAUUGGAUGAUUUACCUGAUGAAAUUCUUCUGUAUAUAUUUAAAAAGUUGUACAAUGAUGAAGUCAUUUAUUCUUUAAUGGGUAUUAAUCAACGACUCAAUAGGAUUGCAAAAGAUACAACCUCUACUCGUCGUUUAUGUUUAUUCGAAUAUUGUAUAGUCGACGAUUUUGCCUUUCCAUUAUCAGAUUCAAUACUUGACCGAUUUUGUUCAAAAUUUUUACCUGAAAUUGGUCAUCAAAUUGAAAGUCUUUUUCUUGAACGAACAUCGAUAGAACGUGUUCUUCGUGCUACAAAUUAUCCUUAUUUAAACUAUCUUGGAUUAUGUAAUAUAAACUACAAAUUAGCUUUGUCUCUGUUUGACGAAUUACAUGUUUGUGUGUCAAAUAUGGACGAAUGUCUUUAUAUGCUUGACGGACGUAUUGAUCAACUUUGUGUGCUUUAUAUUAUUUUUAAAAGUAUUAAGUUUAGAUCUUCCAACAUUGAACAUACACAAAAGUUAUUACCAAACUUACGGAUCUUUUCUUUAUCCUGUGACGAAAAGAUAUUAGAGUUCGAUAAAUCAAUUAUGCCACUUUUGCAUCGAAUGAUAAAUUUAGAAGAACUUCAUUUAAAUAUUAUAGUUAAAUGUAAUGAUAAAUAUUUUGAUGGUGAUAUAUUAAAGAAAAAUAUUCUUAUUUAUAUGCCACGGUUACAUAAAUUCACAUUUAGUAUUUAUUCAAUUAUUAAUCAUAAUGAUCAAAUUAAUCUUCCAUUAACGAAAAAAUAUAUUCGGGAAACAUUUAAAGAUUUGUUUUUCAAUAAUCAAAUAAUUAGUUGUAUUGAUCAUUUUCAAGAAGAAGGAUUUAUUCAAUGUCAUAUUUACACAUAUCCAUAUAAAUCAUAUUUUUACAGUAAUAUAACAAAUGAUUUUCAAGAUGGAUUAUUUCUUUGUGUUACGAAAGUAUCAUUAUUUGAUGAACGUCCAUUUGAAUAUGAAUUUUUUCCUUGA